AUGGCGGGUGUAGUCGAGGUCGGCUUUGAGCGGGAGCGUCGCGGCGGCGAUGAUGAGAAUGAGGUGAUCGUCGGCGGGAUGUGGGUGAGAAUGUUCCACGUGGAACAAUCGGCGAUUGGGGCGAUUUUGCUCAAAAGUGUUGAGAAGGCCCGGGGGAGGAGAGAUUGGUCAGACUUUGACGGCGCCGCCGCCGGUGUGGGCGAGCAUUCGGUCGAGGGCGAGGACGGCGAGGCGUUGGGCUUCGGGGUGGACGCUCACGACGUUUCGGGUGAUGGGUUUGUUGUCUUUGGUGGGUUGUCCGUCGGGGUUGAGGGCGCAGAGGCCGUCGAGGAUCCAGAGGAGGUGGGGCUGGUUGAUGCGGUACAUGGUGGUGCAGAGGCACUGGCAGUCGGAGAGCAUGGUGACUUCGACGCCGCGCUCGCGGUGCUCGUUGGCGAGUCGGUUGACGAGGUGGACUUCUGUGCCGAUGGCCCAGCGGGUUCCUGGUGCGGCGUUCUUGAUCGUGUUGAUUAUGAACUCGGUCGAUCCGGCGAGGUCGGCGAGAUCGACGACUUCUUUGCAGCACUCGGGGUGGACGAGGAUCUGCAUGGGUUCAACGCCUGCUUCGAGGUUUUUGUUGUCCUCGCGGAUCUGGGCGCAGUGUUCUGGUGCGAAGAGUUUUGGUUCUCCGCGCUCUGUUUUCUUGGGGUCGUAGACGCAGGUAUUGCGCGUUACGUCGAUCCCGAAGGCGGCGGAGGUGUUGCGUCCGAGGUGUUGGUCUGGGAGGAAGAGGACUUUGAUGUCUUCGCCCUCCUUGCGUGGUUUGGUGCCGCCGUUCAUGGCCCAUUCGAAGACUUGUCCGGCGUUGGAGGAGGUGCAGCAGGCGCCGCCGUGGUCUCCGACGAAUGCUUUGAUGGCGGCGGUGGAGUUGACGUAGGUGAUGGGGAUGAUGCGGCCGGUCCAUGGCUGAUCUGUAUUGAAGUCAUGCAAGGCUUCGUGGAUGAGUUCCCACGCUUCGACGGUUUGCUCGUAGUCGGCCAUGUCGGCCAUGGAGCAUCCUGCGGAGAGGUCUGGGAGGAUGACCUCGACGGAGUCGGGUGUGAGGAUGUCUGCGGUUUCUGCCAUGAAGUGGACGCCGCAGAAAACGAUGUGGGAGACGGGGGUGUUUGCUUUGGCGCGGUCCUCGACGACGGAGGCGGCGAGCUGCGCGAGCUUGAGGGAGUCUCCCAUGAAGUCGGCGUGCUGGACGACGGAGUCCAUCUGGUAGUGGUGUCCGAGGAUGAGGAGGGAGGUCCCGAGUUGUUUGCGGCGGUCCUCGAUGCGCGCGGUGAGUUCCGCUUCAGAGAGCGUGUGGUAGGAAUCGGGGAUGGAUGGUUGCCAGAGCAUGGGGGAUUGUAG